CACAGAGAAAUUUCUGUUCUUUACCAAUCUGUACUUAACACAUGUUGCACUUCAACAUCUCUCAUUUUCAGCCACCUCACUGGAUAAAAUGCUUCUCUACAGCACAGCCGCUGUUGUGUUCUGCAUAGUUGUGAACUGUAUGCACGUAGAGUCGCAGGCAUCUCUCCCACUCCCUUCUCUGUCACUACAUCCUUCAGUGAAUGCAAAUGACAUUGAGAUGUUUUCCACUGUGAAGCUUCUCUGUGCAAUCCCAGACAAAGCUCCCUUCCCUGUAGCAGUGUUUGUAUCUCGCGCUGAUGAUCCAGCUGAAAACCCAGAGCCCUGGCCGAAACUUCAGAGAGCAGACACCAUCCCUUUUCCCAUCGUCAUGAAGCCUGGAAUGGAAGGAGCAUAUGUUUGCUGGUACAAAUCUACUAAAACAAAAGAAAACUCUGGACUCAGCAGCCCUGUUGACCUAUUCAUAAAUUCUAUCCCCAAACCCCUAAUGUUUCUCCUUCCUUCUCCCAUCUUUCCUGUGGGUGGGAGUUAUAUUGCACAGUGUGAGACUCCAGUUAAUGAAAUCAGGAAUAUCACUCUGAGUUUCUAUGAGCGUCAGCUUCCCCUCAGUCCAGGCAAUGAGAAUUUCACCUUCAUAGGAUCAAGAUUUUUACUACCAGGAGAAUGGGGAGCAAUAAUCAAUCAUACAAACGUUGUUAAAUCAGUUGAAAUCGCCUGCAGAAUGGACGUGUUCUACAAAGGAAGGGUCUUUCAGUCAACUUCCAAUCCUAUGAAAGCCAUCCCAGAUGAACUGCCAGCGCAUCUGUAUUCCAGUACUCGUAAGUCAAUGUCCUGUGCAGGAUACCUACUUCUUAGAGUGAAGGAGGAUUGGACACCCAUAUGUUUCCAAAAUAAGUACACCAACAAUGAAAAAGAUUUGGCUAACAUAGUGUGCAGGGAAGUGAAUUGUGGCCAUGCGCUAACGUGGAACACAUAUACAACUGACAGUAUGAAUGCCAUGGCAACACCAAGAUGUACUGGGAAAGAGAACAGGAUAGCAGAGUGUCCCAUUUAUAACCCAAAGGACUGUGAAAAAAAAUUACUCCAUGUUAUCUGCUCAGGUGCCUUGCCCCCUCCUAAGCUCUCUGUGAAAGACCAUGGUUCUGGUCCCUGGGUGUACAUCAAGCCUAAAGAGUCUGCAACACUCAUCUGCACUUUAGAGUCACACUCAAUGGAAACAGAUGAAUGGAUAUACCUCACAAUAACAUACAAAGGACAGGAACUCACCUCCUCAAGAACCAGUUCAGACAUCACGGGCAACAUCUGGAGUAUAGAGUAUACGUUGCCAUCAGACAAGCGAGAAGGAGAGUUUGCCUGCUUUGCCCGUCUAAGCUCAAAAAACAGCAACUCAGUACACAUCUACAUUUAUGAUCCUCCAUCUACUGGAGCAAUAGCUGCUGCUGUUAUCACUACACUAGCAGGAGCAGCAAUUCUCAUCUGCAUGUGCAUAUUUCGCACCAGUGAAGAGGUUGAGUGUAUUGAGCCAGCUGUAGCAGUGCCUUCCUCAAGCAUUGAGAUAUCGCAACCUGUCUUGGUUAGCCGCCCGCUAUGUUGUUAAAGGGAAAUUCUUCCAGUUUAUCAGAAAUUCUGCAUAAACCAAUCACAGGUGUAAACAGAGUCAGUCAGAGUGGUUUUACAUGAAAUGGUUCAUUAUAGAGAAGUUUAGAGACUCAGAUUUUAGAGUGGUGGUGACAGGAACCAGGGGUAGCAAUGUCUACAUAAAUAUUGCCAUUUUAUUUACUAUUCAAAACAACCAGAGAACCUAAUAUGUUUCUUUUGAGUUUUUAUGUGCAAUGUUGAUAUUGGCAAUAAAUCUGAAAAAAAAAUUGUUUUCUUUCCAUACAAUUGUUUUGCAAAACAAUGCUUUAGGCAUCAGGCAGCAUAUAUGUGUAAUAAUUUAAUAUAAUAAUGUAGUAUAAUAACUUUUACUAUAUAUUAUAGUAUAGUAUAUAAUAUAACUUUAUAAUAACUAAGGUAGCUUUUACAGGCAUUGAUUGCUUCAGAAAUCUAGUCACUGUCACCACCACUGGGAAUAGUGCUGAGAAUGGAGUUUUACACAUGUGGAGUUUUACAAAUAUUCAAAAUAAAUCUGUUUACAUCUCUAUGUUUAUUUUACUUUAAUUAUGCAGACAAUUGUAUAAUUUUCAACCACAUUAAUUGAAUAUGAACUAUGAACUACAUAUGAACUACCAUUUAAACUUAGGUAUGAUGCCUUUUUAGUAUAUGUUUAAGUAUGUUAGUGAGUUUUAUAUUUUUAUAUUUUAUAAGAUGAAGCUUUAAAUUUAUACAUGUUUACAAUGAAAUGUAAAACGUAAAUGUUUUCUGAAUUACAAACAUUGUUUCAUAUCCUAUCACUAUCCUCAGUAUAAGCAAUUUUAUUUUUAAAAUAAGGGAGUAGCAUCACUUUAUUUCUUUGUUGACUGUGUAAUAAAUGUAAUGUGGUGAUUCUAUCACCAUCCUGAUGAGCAAGAGUAACUACUCUCAUAUCCUUUCCUUUAUUUUUUAAUAUACUUCUGUUUUGUUUUUUUUAUCAUUGGUGCAAAUAGGAUCUUAUGCAUGUUUAAUCAUUAAAAAAGUCAACAACAGCAAUGAAAGACAACAAGAGAAUUAUAGAUCUCAGAUUUAUUUCAUUCAGUUUUGAAGAUGUUACAAAGUCAAUUUCCAAAAAAUAAAAUAAAUCUGGUCCUCACAUAA